AUGCCCAGGGCCUCACUCCCACACCACUCUGAGCGCUGCCAUCCCCAGGAGAUCGCCUGGGCUGUGGCCCUCCUCUGUCCACGGCCACAGCUCAUGCUGUUGGGGGACGUGAGGGCUCGACAGCACUCAAAGGCCCACAGUGCCACCAUGUCCCACAGCACUGGCUGCCGGUCACCCUCCAGCCUCCCUCCUCCCAAGGGUGUCUCUCUGGCGGCCUGCCCAGCUGCCUCAGCCCACGCUGCCCCAUCAGAGCCUGUGGCCCUUUUCCACAUGGGCAAGCCAAGGAGAGUUAAGGCUACAGCUCUCCCACCUGAGGAGGGAACCGGGCCUAAGAACGGCAUUGGGCAGCUCUGCCUGGCCCUUCCCAACCCUUGCUUGAACAGGCCCAGUUCCCUGACCUUGCAGUCUCCUGAGGCCUUGGGACCUGAGUUGUUAGAUGCCCACAUGACGUGGCUGCACUUUGUCCAGUGGCCGGACUAAGGGGCUUUGAAGAAACGGUGCCGUGGGCAAGAGAAGAAGUUGCAAGGCCUCUUGGGUCCCCCAGGACUCCUCAGUGCAGAAGUCACCCAGGAGAUCCUGCUUCAGGAAUUUCAGGAGAUGCUGAAAGAGAUUACUGAGCACCAGUUCCCAGGGCUGCUCCAAGGACUGGGCCCACAGCUGGUGUCUGAGGCCUUCCACUGCCAGCUGAGGGACCUGCAGAUGGUGGACAAGAAGAUGCUGCUGGAGCUUUGUGGCUUUCAGGUCCCCACUGCCCAGGGUGCCUUCCUACGGGGGUCCAGCCUGAGCUUGUCCUCAGGCUGAUUCACAGCGCACGUGUCUAGCAGGUUCCAGUUCUCUGCCAGCCUGCACAUGGGCCACUGUAUGCUGCAGGGCCAGUCACGCCUUUGGGCCCAGGACUCCGUGCGCAUGUUCAUCUGCAUCGAGUCCCUGUGCAUGUCCCAUCGUCAUGUGUCCCUGGAGGCUGUGUCAGGCCUGGAGAGCAACAACAGGGUCUUCAUGGCCCAGGUGCAGGGGCUGCUGCACCUGCAGGCUAGACAGUAUGCCUUGGUAUUUGUGGACAACAGCUCUGGGGUGGUUCUCACUAUUCACAGCACCAGCUUCUCUGGGGUGCUCCUGGGCAUAUGAGGAGCUGCCAACUCAGAGGAUCCCCCCUUAAUACCUGUGGUCACUGCAAUAAAGCGUCCUUAGCUCUCACUGUUGCCCUUGGGUGCUGCCUGGUCAUUGUGUUGGUGGAGGUGGAGGCUGCUGAGGUGUGGGCAGGGGCAGAAGGAUCUGUCCACAUGCAACAGCCAGAGCGCAGGGCAUAGCUGCAGAUUCCCAUACACAGCCUUAGGACAGACUUGAUGGGGGUGGGGAGUUAGAUGAGCUCCCUCCUGGUAGCUCCUGCACCUGCUGCAACUGUGUUUAUCCUGAGGACAAGGACAAGUGUCCAUGCAGGUCCUUGCUCAGCCCUGCCCAUGGCCAGAGACUUGGAGGGCAGUGGCUAUGGACAUCCCAGGCCUUGUGGCCAUGGGGUGCUGGAACCCUGGGAGGCUAUGGGAGAGGGGUCCCUGACAGGGAGGCCAGGAGCCAGUCAGUGGGUGUGCAGGCUGCACACAGGCUAUGCUCUGUGUGGGAUUGGAGGGUACCCACAGGCACAGGUGUAGUGACCCCAGCGCUUCUACUCCUUACCACCUUCCCCAGUGAAACCCACCACACCCCAAAGGCUAGGGUCCCUCUGGGCCUUUUGGGCCAGAAUUGCCCCUUUGAGACCAAACCUGGGCCCCACCAUGGACCUGUGCAUUUGGAGACCCCCUACUCCUAGCCCAUUCUGGCUCUCUUCAAACUCAGAUUAAUGACUGUAAUGUAAACAGGCCUCAGGAUGUUCUACCUCUGCAGAGCUGCCAAGGUGCCAUCUCUGGUUGGCACUAGGAUCCCUCAGCAGGUGGUGGCGCCUUCUAGCCCCUAACUUCUCCAGAGGGCUCAGGAGGGCUGGCCUAGGGCCAUCUCCUGAGGGAGGAUGUACUGCAGGGGUGGGCAGAUGGCAGGUAGGUCCUGUGCAAGCUGGGUGGGAGGUGGGUCAGGUGGAGGCUGGAAGAGAGUGGAACCCUAGCCACUACCUGUCCUCUAGGACCUUGGCCUGCCUGGGAGGAGUCACAAGACGGCCCUUCCUAAGGCCUACAAGGCAGUGAGGCAGCCAAGCCAGCCAAGUGACCAACCAACCAGUGUUGGCCAAUGCUGGUUAGCAGUGGGCCUGGCUGCUGACCUAAUCCCACCACUCUCCCUGGGUUCCCCCAGGGUGGCAUCAGGGGCUGGGACUAUCUGGAGGAGUCCCGGUUUCAUAUUCCAGUCUAACCGAGGUUGUCCUAGCAGCCAGCGAGGGCCUAUGUGGAACACAAUCUUGGGGUCUCCAUCCAGAAGGCUGUGGCAGGUGUGACUGCCUCCUUCCUCUUCCCAAUUACUGAAGACCUGAUCUGGGGCCCUAGGAGCCCAAGUGAGGUACAGAGCUUGGGGAGCCCACUCUGCUCCCUGCUCAGGGCUCCCUUGUUGGGCACAGCAUUUACACUGGGGAAACUGAGGCUGUGUGCUGGAGGGAAUUCCCAGGGUCUCUAUGGAGGCAUAGUAGUCCUUGGAGAGGGUGAUGGGCAGGUAUAGAUCUGCAGAGGCAGGGCCUCUCUGCCUGGCUGGGUCCUGGGUCACUCAUCUUUGUCUUCCUUCUCUGGCCCCUAGGAAUAACCCCCACCCCCACAGGAAUGGGCUGGGGCCUGACCUCCUGUGCCUUGCCAAGGCCUGGCCACACCAUGUGGGGGUCUUCUGAGGAGCCAAGAGCAGCCAUUCUCCCACCUGUCUAGUCCCGGAGUCUGUGAGGACAGGUGGAGCCCUGAGAAUAGGACCCAGGGCAGGAUGGCUGAGAGCCAGGGAGCUCUGCCCUCUUUGUGAGGGGAGGCCAUUAGCCACUUACCUCUAAUUCCCUUGGGCUGUGCUGGGGCCAGGUGGGGUGGGCACCUGAUGCAGGAGAGGCCAGGCCCCACCUUUCACCAACUUCAGUUUAGGCUGUAGAAGGGGUCUGGGCUUUUGAGGUGGGAGGGAAAUGUGCAUCACCUCCAGCCUGAGUUUGGGUUCCUGAAGGUGGGUGCAGGCCAGGCCACUGUUUACAGCAGAGGCUGGCAGGGGUCCCAAGAGGGAGGGAAGCCAAGGAAAUGAUGCUUUCUCCUGCUGGAGACAUUCCCUUUUGGAGCUGGAGUGGUGGGAGGCCCAAGUGCCCAGUCGUUUCCCAGCCUCUGGUGGUGGCCAGAGCCUAGUGGUCAGCACUUCGCUGACCCCAUGCUCUGCCCCAAGCAGCACCCUGUCCUCCCUGAGUUGAAUUGUGAGAAUACAGUCUAACCCUGCUGCCUACCAAGCUGGGGCACAGGGCCAGUGGGACUUGGGGCCAUAGAUUGCCAGCUGCUGGGGGCAUUCCCAAAUCAUGGCACUUGGCCCAACACCAUUCCUAAGCCCUGGUCUCAGGGCUGCAUCCUGGCUGGUCCUGAGUAGACCCUCCUGGCCCUGAGGCUGACGUGCUGGGGCCCUGCCUGUGCGUUGGAUCACAGCCUGUCCCCCACACUGUAUGUGCCACUCUAUCCUGGUGUGAAUGUCAGGCUCAGGGUACUGGAACAUCUUCUGGGGCCCCAGGCCUGGCCUGCCGUCAGGAUUAAGUGCCUUUGCCAGCACCCCCACCCUAUCUGCCUCCAGGUCCCCUCAGAGGUUGGGGUGUACAGACGGGCCUCACACCACACCACCUGGACCUGGGGUACCUGGGUGUAAACCUUUGGUGCAGCCCACACAGGUUAACCCUUUGUGGCCACAGGCCAGCUUGGGGAUCUAUCACCCUUGCCUACCUGGUGGGGCCUGUGGCUUGGGAGGGGUCUGCUCCAAGGGCCCCCAAGGAGCUCAGCAUGGGCUUUCCUUCCUAAUGUCCACAAUAGUGUCCUGGACCCACGCUACACAUCCCUGUCACCUGGACCAAGUACCAAGAGUGGCCCAGGGUCUGUAGAUCCAUGUGGAUGCAUCAGGCGGCUGUGUGAGUGAGUGGUGUGUCUGCUGUCUCCAGGUAUAUCCUGGCGUGUAGGCAGAGUGCAGCAGCAUCCUGUGGGGGUGGUAUGCUAUGUGUCUACGGACUUCUGCCCUGGGGCCAGGACUCUUCACAGUGCCAGAAGCACCAGGCGUCUUGGGAGCAAACACAGGGCAGAGCAGGUGUCUACGUCCGGAGCCCUCAGCCCACCGGUCAAUGAACUCAGGAUUGGCCGCAGCUGGGGUAUAUCCUGCCAGAGAGAACUGAUGGCUUUGGUCACACUGUCCUGUUAGUUGGUUCAGCCCCGGAUGUAGGGCAGGGAAGAGGGCUCCCUGGUACCCCAUCCUGGAGAGCAGCCUCUGGUGGCAGCAGGGAGGCUUAAGGGUCUGCCCAUUAGCCAGAGGCUCUUGCGGCUGGAGCUGCUUGCACUCCCAUGUCCUGGGACUAUUGCUUACUGGCUAGGCUUGGCUGGUCUGCUCUUAGGACUCCCAGUUAAGGCCACUCUAAACUGUGUGGCCCCAGGGUCCUGCCCCAGGGGACCUCAACAGCCUGGGGUCCCCUGCAGUCUGGCCCUGGAGAGGGUAGGUGUGGGCUGGGACACAUAGGUGUUGGGAACACGCCCUGCCUAUGCCUGCUGCUGCCAUUGUGUGUCUGUCCACCAGUAUGUCUGACAGUUGCACAAGUGUGCCUGGCAUGUGGGGGCUCAGGGACAAAGGGUCUUUAUUUGGGAGGAUUGGAGUGCAGCACCCCCCAGGUGAUGAAACAUGGCUCCUCUGCUGUGAUGACUUCAAUUUCGCCACAGCUGGUGUGUCAGACAUGGGCCUUCUGCCCAUGCCUACACCCAUGAUCCUCUGAGGCUGCCCUGGUAGGACCUAGGCAUGUGUAGGGUGACCAGAUGUGUAAGAGGAGGCAGGGCUGAAGGGCUGAGGAAACUCCAUCUCUGCAGGGAAGCAUGUUAAUCUACCAUCCUUGUGCCCAUUCGUGGCCUCCAGCCCCUUUUUGCAGGCCCCCAGCCUGCCUUCUUGUACUAGCUGCUGAGGGCCAUCAGGGACUCCAUCCCAAGCCUGUCCCUACCAUGGUCCAGGAGUGUGCAGGACACCCUCAGCACCAAUGUCAGUCGUGUUUCAGAGGUGUGAGUCUCCCUCUGGGGCUAGAAGGGCGGGGCCCUGUCUGGAAACUCAGUUGGCGGGGAAGAUACAGUGACCCUGUCAUCACUGGCAGGUGCUUAAGCCUGGCUCCAGCCAUCCAUCACUCUCUCUCAGGAUCAGAGGUGGGCAGCCUGGGUGGUGUGGGGCCCUGGAGGAGGUCCGGCCAGCUAAGACCUUUAGACACCACUGGAGGGAGGGCCAGGGCUUAGGUUUCCUUCUCGGGUCAAGGGACUAGGGGCUAGGUCAAUCCUCAGGUCAGCAGGAAGGUGGAGCUGGAUUCCUACCCUACCUGGACUCUUGCCCCCACCCCCACCCCAAGCUGCCUUGGAGAGUCUGCUGCCACUUUAGAGGACAGAGCUUCCUGCUGACCAGAGACAGCAGCACCCUGUGGCUCCUUGUUUCUCUUUGGCUGUGUCAGCCCACACCAAGGCCAGCUGAGCUGUGACAUCAAUGGAGAGUCCAGCCCCAACCUCACCACAUUGGCCAUAGUUCUCCCCUGUGUUACCACCAGAGCAGGGUGCCUGAGACCCAGCUAUGGCCAACUUGACCAGAGCAGAGACCAGAGGCUGGCCAGGAGGGGAGGCAGGAAGUGGCUGGCUCAGGUGGGCCUGAGGCCUUCCAGACGUGAUCUCACCUGCCCUUGGUCCCCUGGCCUCAGCUACCCCUCUGCAGGCCACUCUGCCCACAGUGCUACUUCUGGUGGGACCCCAUAGUCUGGGCGCUCAAGAUCCUUGGAAGGGGCAGGUGAGUUCCAGAGAUGCCAUUAGAGGACCCAGGCAGUGUGGGUGGACAUUAGGGCUUCUGUUUGCUCUAGGUGAUGCUAGACCCAGCAGCACAGUGCAUGGGUCACCUGGGUACAGUGUGGCCUAGGGGUGGGGUCCCCAAAGGGAGGGAGGCUGAGGGCAGCAGCGCCCCUAGCAGGGAGAGGCAGUGUUAGCACUCUGGGGCCAGGUUGAUGGGUGGGGAGGGUACUCUGGGUAGGAGCUGGGAGGCCUCUAGGACAGGCUCAGGAGCACAAAACCACACAGGCCAAAUGGCACUGGGUGCACCUCAAUUACCCCAAUUUUUUUGAGGACCCCAGAGAUGGUUAGGCCUCAGGGACAGACAGUCAUGCAAAUGCAGUCUCAGGCCUUUCACUUUGGCUCAGCUUAACCCUGAGGCUGUUUAUUGGCGGAAACCUCUCCCCACACUCCUGCAACCCAGGGCAGGUUACACUUAACUGGAAAUGAGGCUUUUGGCAGCCCAGAAAGCAGGGCCCUGAAGGACACAGGGUCCUCCUUUGAGCCCUGGUAUGCCUUAGGCCUGUCUGUGGCCAGCUGCUCUCUGGGUUGCCCAGGGCCCUAGGGUGGGCACUAGAGCUGGUAGUCCCAGGAAUGUCAGUGCAGUCAGGUGCCUGGGCAGGUAGGAGCCACAGGAGAGUGGGCUGCUCCCAGGUCCUGAGGGCCCUGAGCUGGGACAGUCAGCCAGGGAGAAGGUGGGGCCAGCAGCCCAGAGAGGUCCCUGCUGCAGACUAAAAGAUGAACGACAGUCAAGUCCGCAGACAUGUCUUCCCUUUCAGCUCUGGAUAAUGAUAGCAAAAUUUAGGUCUUAGCAGGAAUCACAUUCCUGACUCACCCCAGCCUAUGAUGGCAGCUAGGGUCCUGAUGGCCUGUAGAGGAACCACCCGACUCUCAUCUCCUGUAUCUGUUUCUUCUAAGGACCCAGUCCUACUGGAGUGUACUCCCUCACCCCCAGUGAUCAAUUUCCAAAUAAGGUCAUGUUUGUAGGUGCUAGGGGUCAGUUAGCCCAUAACCAGGGUCGGAACAAUCAUGAUCCUAGCCAAGCACUGGCUCUGCCUAGGCAGGCAGGUGGAGAGAUCUCAAGCUCUAAGGGAUGGGGAUGCCCCAGAAAGACUCAGGCUCAGGCAGCACUUGGUUAGCUAGGGGCAGCCACUCCAGCCAAAAACCUGUCUGCAGGUACAUGGGCUAGCCCAGGUGUGCCACUCCCCUUACGUGCCUCUAUGCCACCUUGGGGGAGCAGGACUAGGGUCCCCUAGAAAGGGAGGACCCAGAGAGGCCAGAGCUCUCUGGUCUGGCUUCUUGGUAGAGCACUGCCUGGGCACCCUUCAACCUGACACUACAACCCCCACAAGUAGGGCCACUGGAGGAGACACCAAUUUGGCCUGGGAAUAGUUGAGUAUUCUAAGUUCCCCCAAAGAAAUGGGUCCAUAGUUCCCCCAAAGAAAUGGGUCCAUAGGCCGGUGCCUGCGGCUCAAGGAGUAGGGCACCGGUCCCAUAUGCCGGAGGUGGCAGGUUCAAACCCAGCCCCGGCCAAAAAAAAAAAAAAAAGAAAUGGGUCCAUAGUCAGACCUCAUGUCCCAAGGGCCUGCUGCCUCCUGGGCUCUGGGUUUGGCUAGGGUCUCCUAAAGAAGUCUAGAGAGCUAGCACCUUGGCGGGUGUGGGGUGAACAGCGCAGCUGGAAGGGCUCAGACUAGUGUAGGUGGCUGAAAGAGGUCCUGGGACACCAAGCGAGCCUGGGCAGAAAAGCUGCAGGGAGCAGAAGGGGAUGGCCUGGCAUCGACUCAGGGCAAGUCUGGGGUGUCAGGAAAAGAAAAUGGUGGUUGAGGCUGGCAGGCAGCCAUUCCAGGGGGCCUGCUUUCCAUCACAAGCCCCCUAAAUCCCAGUACUAUGUUCACCACAACAUGGAUGUGGUCAGCCCAGGACAGACUUCAUGCUGUUUUAGAAUUUAGGUUGCACAACUUGGCAUUUCCAUUUUUGUAGGUCAGAAAUUGUUGCAUGCCGGAUUUUCAGACUUUCUGGCAGGAGAUUCUUAGACAUUUGUGCCAUGUUUUCCAUAGGGGUCAAUGCCUUGGAGCAAUGCACAACCAGGCAGGGACCUGGGGCCACAUGGUUCUCAGCAAGUCGUCCAGUCUCCCUAAGCACCUUUUCCUCAUCUGAAAAACAGAGAUAUACAUGCCAAUUCUUCAAACAAUUUGGAGGUUCAGACAAGAAAUCCAAGUAAAACUGAUUUUUUUUUUUUAAUCUGAGACAGUCUCAAGGUGUCCUGGGUAGAGUGCCGUGGCAUCAUGGCUCACAGCAACCUCCAACUCUUAGGCUCAAGCGAUGCUCUGUUACCGUUAGAGUCUCACAGAGAAGCAGUGUCACGGAGAAUAAGACCCUCAAUUGAAAUUGUAUGGAAGAUAAAGGGGACCACCGCUCUCUCAUGGCAUGUGGCAAUCUUUAUUUCUUCCACCAAAGCUUAUAUAGAUACAUAACUUAAUCAAUAAACACAUCACUUAAACCUUGGCCCCAGGCCUCUUACUGCCUGGUACUUAUGGGCCUAUGGAUAAACCAGAUUAACUGAUACUUUAUCUAACUUAAUUCUCCUAAAAAUACAUGACUUAAUGGAGAACAUGUUAGCCAUUACUUCUUUGCUCUUAUCUGAUAAAGCCUGAGGCUCUGGGGGAGAAAGGUAGAUUGAAUACCUGCCUUACUGGCCUCACCGUCCCAGAAGCAUUUACUUUAAGCAAAGCAUAAUCAGGAAAUUCCUAAGGCAUACAGAAAUUCGUUUGCAAGCCUCCGCUCCCAUGUGGGCCUUAAGUCCGGGGGUUUUAUGCCCACAACCAACCCGGCCAUAUGGGAUUCUGCCUCAGUUUCUCACAAGCAUGCCUCACAAAGUCUUUUCACUGCUCCCUCUCAAACAGCUUUUUUAACCAGAGGCAUAUAGGCCUUUCGCCUAUAAACCUCUUGCCUCAGUUUUUCUAUUUUUAUUAGAGACAGGGUCUCGAAUUUGUGAGCUCAAGCAAUCCACCUGCCUUGGCCUCUCAGCGUGUAGAAUUACAGGUGUGAACCACCACCUAGCCCAAGUAAAAAUGGAUGGCAGGAAACUUGAGAUCCUGAACCUCUCAGGAGCCUAUGACC